AUGCUGUUGAACGUACCAGUGGAGGUUCUGGACCUUAUUGCUGAGAACCUAUUUCAGGAUGGACAGAAAUUCUAUGGCCAUGUCUAUCGAUACCGAGAUGUCAACCAGUUGACCCGUGUGUGUCGAAUAUUGCACGCUCAAUUCAAUCAGAAGAUGUACCAGCAAUAUAUCAAGACAGAAGGCGUCUGGCCCUUGCUCUUUGGCUCAGCCAAGGGUUACAUAACCACUGUCCAAAUGGCGCUCAAUGCUGGAGCAGACAUUCGGCAACGAGGAAAGGAGCCAGGAUGCGAAUCAAGACUAAAUCCAGGACGCGACCUAGAAUCCGGCGGAACUAUCAUAUGGAAGGGAGAUGCGCUGACUCAGGCUGUCGCGAAUGGCCAGGAAGCCACCGUACGGAUGCUUAUCGAGACUGGCAAAAUUGAUAUGAAACCCUCCAGGACGGAGAGGUAUCACUCACCUCUGUGGUGCGCAUGCUACUUUGGCUAUACCGAUCUGAUUCACUUGUUGCUAUCUUUUCCAGGCAUUAAUAUCAAUUUCAUUGAUGGGAUGGGAAAGACUGCCUUGGAAGGGGCAAUCCAGGGCAAGCAGCUCAGAUCGGUUCUGACCUUGCUUGCUUAUCCGCAACUUGAUCUCAGGGCACGACGUGGACCCAACCCUGUCGAAUACGCCAUAUAUGAAGAAACGCAAGAUAUCGCAUGCGCUUUGAUCAGAGACCCAAGAUCCAACCCAAACGGUGGCAUGCAAAAAGGGAGACCGUAUGUGCUAUCUCGCGAGCCAUUACUUAGGGCCAUGAGAAGUGGGCAGCAAGAUGUCAUUCGGUGCCUUUUGGAACACCCGGGCAUAGAAACGCGCGGCUCUGACCUUGGCUGGACACCAAUCUUCCUUGCAGCCUGCACCGACAGUCCCGCCGCAGUUCAGACGCUGCUCGCCAUGCCGGGGACCAACCCGCACAUUCCAGACCGCGAAGGCCAGACUGCUCUCAUGGUCGCAGUACGUGAAGGUAAUCCACGAACGGCCGGAGUCCUCGCCAAAGUCAAGGGGACAAAUUUGAAUUAUCAAGAUAAAAAUGGUGAUACAGCGUUGAUGCUUGCUGUCUCGGCCAAUAACAUAGGGAUGGUGUCCUUCUUGUUGAAGUGUGAGGGCGUGGAUCCUGAUAUUAAGAACCAUGCUGGGCACUCGGCCGUGAUGAUGGCAAGAGAUCCGUUUCUGAAGGAGCUAUUUGUGCAGCCGCAGGCCAGCAACCGUUAUGAUUACCCUGAGGAGUUUGACCCUUUUCGGUUUGACCCUGAUGGCUUUGACCUUGAUGAUUAUAACCCUUCUGAUUCUGACCCUGAUGGCUUUUACACUGAAUCUGUUGACAGCGAAUCUGAAGGCACCGAGUCCGAAGACAGCGAGUCUGAACAUCUCUGA